AAAAACACAAUUUUGUCUAUUCGCCAUUAAAAUGGCGUCAUCGAAGGAAACCUAUUGUUUGUGUGGUCAGCCGUAUAACAUUGGACAGUUUAUGAUAGAAUGUGAUUGUUGCCGCGAGUGGUUUCACGGAAGUUGUGUCGAUGUGAAGAUAUAUCAUUCAGACGAUAUAGACAAGUACCAUUGUCCAAAAUGCGCCCAAACGUACGGACCAUCCGUGUUAAAAAUACCAACAAACGACCACAGAUCGGACCGUUACGAGUUAGGUGCGGAGUCCCGGCCGGCGCAGGUGGGAUCUCCAGCGUGGGUGCGGGCGCUGGCUGCAAGGCCAUUGCGCCCAGCACCUGCCGCAUUACAACGGUUGAGGGGGCACCAGUUUACCGAGGAAUUUAUCAAAGAUAAUGGAUUCACACGGCCAGUUAUUUUCCAUACACCUGAAGGUUUGGAUAUCAAAGUGCCCAAUCCUGCAACUUUCACAGUCAGAUCUGUGCUCAGGUUUUGUGGUGCACAACUAGAGGUGGAGGUGAUAGAUGUAAGGAAACAAAGUACAAUGCGCAUGCCGCUGGGGGACUUUAUAGACUACUUUGAAAGUCCUCCGGAGCAUCGGGAUGAGAAAGUACUCAAUGUACUAAGUCUAGAGUUUUCUGAAACCAACCUGACCCCGCUGGUGGCGCCGCCGCGCACGGCGCGCUCGCUGGACUGGGCGGAGCGCGUGUGGCCGCCGGCGGAGCGCCCGCCGAAGCCCUGCGUGCAGAAGUACUGCCUCAUGUCCGCGGCGGGCUCCUUCACAGACUUCCACAUCGACUUCGGCGGCACCAGCGUCUGGUACCAUGUGCUGCAUGGACGGAAGAUAUUCUACUUGAUACCUCCUACAUCAGCAAACCUGGCUCUCUACCAGCAGUGGACACCGAACAAUCAGCAAAACGAAAGAUUCUUUGGUGAUGCGGUUGAAUGGUAUGGUACAGCAGAAGUGUGCCCCGGAGAGACUCUGUUCAUCCCCGCUGGAUGGAUCCAUGCGGUGCUCACUCCUUGUGACUCUCUCGUCUUUGGAGGGAACUUCCUCCACUCUUAUGCGGUGGAGAUGCAACUACAGGUGUACUCGCUGGAGAGCGGGGGUGCGGUGGAGGGUGCGGGGGUGGGGGCUGCGGGGCGGGGGCCGGAGGGCGAGCGGCGCGCGGAGACUCCGGCGGCGCUGCGCUACCCGCUGUUCGAGCAGAUGCACUGGUAUGCUGCAGCGCACUUCCUGGCGCUGCUGAGGAGACACAACGAGGAGUCGAUGGACGAGGAGUUCACUCCGAGCGAGGUGGGGUGGUCUGGCGGGGGUGGGGGCGCGGCGCCGGGCGCUCCGCCCCCCGCGCUGCUGCUGCGCGGCGCGCGCGUCCUCACCGCAGCCAUUAAAGAGUGGCACUCUAUGAAAGCUACGGAUGCAGCGAAAAGAGACAAUGUACCAAAGUGCCUUAACUCCGGACAACUUGUUAGAGAACUCUCUAAAGAGCUCAGGACAUUGGAGAAGAGGACCAUCAGCAAUAACAAAGAUAAGGAUUUUAAACCCAAAACUAAUUCACCAAAUAAAAAUACAAAGAAACAACAAUCUCAAAAGAAAUCUAUAAAAUUAACAUUACCAAAACCUAUAAUGCAUAUGGGACAAAAUGGAGAAAUAACGGAAGAAAAAGUUUAUGCGGACAAAUUUUAUGUAGGCAAUAAAGAGGUUGUUUUCGAAGAGCGAUAUGUGACAGAUGUUAAAUAUAACGGUUUAACAGAAACUAAGUAUAUUAUAGAAAAUAAGGAUAUACCAGAGAAUUAUAAUUAUCAGAAAUUUGAAGAACAUAGUUAUCAUGAUAAUGGAUAUGUGGAUAGAAUAGACAAGAAGAUAGUAAAAGUUAAAAUGAGCAGUAAUUCCCCUUCAUCGUCCCAAGAGGCCCCUCCUCCAUACAGUCUGCCGGAGCACUCCAUCCUCAAGUCCCACCUCAUCCGGUCUGACCGCUCCUCGCUGAAGCCCCUGCAGCAGUGGACCAUCUCCAAGAAGGAUAUCGGAGACUACCACGAGGAGCAGCUGCUGUUUACUAACGAAAACCUCCAGACUAAUAUCAGGAUUGAGGGCCAGGAUCUCAAUUAUGGACCAGGUAUGUACUCUGCGGAGGAUAUUCAACAAGACUACCAGUACUCUGAGGGGGCGAAGCCCGGCUCGUACCAGCCGGAGUUCGCGUACCAGGCGGAGCUGCCCUACGCCACGGAGUACCAUCGGUACGACGACACCGUAGCUGUACCAGUACAGACGGCGACGUAUACGGUGCCGGCGGGCCAGGUGGUGGCGUACCAGACCACCACCCCGCUGCCCUCGUACGACGCCGCUAUCGCACACCACUAUGCUGCCACCACUUAUGUGACAGAAGCCCCCAAGACAGAGGUCCCAGCAACAGACACCCCCAGCGUGCGGCGCUCGGAGCGCGCGGUGCGGCGCCGCAUCUCCAGCACAUACGACUACGAGGACGGGGACCUCUUCAUUGACGACGCGCCCGCGCCGCGCCGCCGCAAGCCGCCCGCCAAGCACAGGCAGCCCCCGCACGCGCAGGCAGUGAGCAGCAGCGGUUACCGCGGUGGUGGGGGUGGGGGUGGCGCGCGGCCCGCCCCCGCCAACGGCAUAGAGUCUCUCAUACAGGCCUCCGUGCUGGCGGAGGAGCCCGCACACGCCACUGAGGAUGCAGCAGUAGCGGGUAUGUUGAGUAUAAGUGAGCGGUACGCGGCGCCCGCACGCACCUUCGGCUUGGCCAGCGACAGCCCGCAUGCCGCCGCCCCUGCUGCGCCCGCGGCACCCGCCAGCAGGCUCGACAGCAUGCCAGUGGCUGGCAGCAAGCGCGUGCGCAAGCCGACAGCAGUCAGCACGGAGGAGGAGUUCCCUGACGAGGAGGAUGUCAUCAAGGAGGUGCACCGAGAUGAGGAGUAUGUAUAUCCGUCGCUGGAGAUGAGUUCCGACGAGGAGGAGGAGUGGAGCUGCGCGCGGCGCCGCCACUCGCGCAGCAGGAACGACAGCAAGACCAGGACUGACAAGGACGAGGCGUGGUCCCCUCGCGCUCGUGUGGGGCGCGUGGCGCCGCGCAGUCGCGGGCCGGCGCGCCCCGCCGUGCGCCGCGAGUGCGUGCGCGCCGCGCUGCUGGCCGCCGCGCACCGCCACCCACACAACCACCCGCCCCCACAGAAUGCGAAGCGCGCGGUGCUGGCGUGUAAGAGCAGAAGGCCGCCUGCGCCCGCGCAGCCCCCCGCCAAGACCAAGGCCGCAGAUAUAAGACUGAAAAAGGGUAUGAAGACGGCGAAACAGCGCCUCGGCAAGAUCCUGAAAUUACACAAAAUGAUAUAUUAAUGUGUCGUAUAGCGUUGUAGGACUCUACUUAGAAUUUAUAUAUUUUGUAUGUAAAUGUAUGUAUUCACAAGGACCAAUCUAUGGUACACACGAAAAAUACCUUUCUCUUGGAACAAAUUAUAUAUUUCUUGUGUUUACGACCCUUAGUUGAAUAUUACUUUGGAAAACUUAAUUUGACUGUAACUUAAGUUACUGUUAUAUUAAAAUUGAAAAGAAAUUUAAAUUUUAUAAUACGUCCAAGCUUUUCACUGUAUAUUUUCAAGGCAAAGACUCACAUUUUUUUUAAAGUUUAUGGCAACUAUAUUAUAGUUUAUUUUAUUAUAUUAGCUUUAUGUGGCUUGAAAUUAAUAAUUGGAACGAUCUGAAUUAACAUUACAGCUAUUAUAAGGUAUUUAGGUAAUUUGGCAUUUUUAUUAAAUAAAAAAAUAGAUAUAUGAAUGAAAAAUUAAAAAAAAAGACAUGUAUUUUCAAACCCACCUCCGAUAUGUAAAUAUGAAAGAGGACAAAUAUAUAAAGUUUCGCUUUAGUUUGGUAGUUUUUAAGUUUUUUUCUUUUGUACUGUUGUUUUUGUUGUUGUAAAUAACUCUGAGUUCUGAAUCCGCGGUUUUGUAAUUUUUUUCGAUUAAGGUGAGACCACAUUGAAGUGAUUAUGAAAUGUUUGAAAUGCAUUUUUUUUUGUAUUGUAUGAAUUUUUUAACAAUACUAUUCUGUUUGCGUAUAGGUGAGUUUUUUUGUUGUUAAUUGUAUUGAAAAUUCUAAGCAUAAUGUACGUAGAUUUCAUAUCAAGGUAAGAAUAGUCCAAACAAAUAGGUUUAACACCUUAAUUAAAUAGUAUAUUUAAAAAUAUUCAUUUAUUUGCUGUAUUUUGUAAGGGUGAAGUUUUUUUGCUUGUAUAAAAUAUCGGAAACAUUUAAAACACGAUAUGUUUUCGAUAGUGCAAACUCAAUGUAAUUAGAUGCGGCUGGUCCGUGUCUUGAUAGCUUGUUUUUUUGUUUAAAUAUAUAUAAAAGGUAAUCCUGUUGAUCCGGGAUUUUAGUUUUCGGUAUGUGGCAAACUUUUACGGUAUAUACCUCAUUAACUAAAAAUUAUAGAAUUUGUUUCCUUUUAUAUGAGCAAUUUUGUGUUGUAUUUAAAUGUAAGAUAGGAAUUAAAGAAAUAAUGUAGAAAAUAAGUACAUUUUUUUGACAUCGUUCGCUGUGGUGUGGUCUCACCCUAAUGUUUUUUUGUAUAAUUUGCAGAUAUCGCUUCAGAUUCAAUAAACAGGGUGUAUAUUUUGUAUUGUGAUUCUUUAUUUAGACGACGAAUGCAAGAAAUAAAAUUAAGUUGUAAUGUGA